UUAAAAAAGGGACAGAGUCUGACGAUUCUUUAACCGCUUUAAUCGGUUAGUAUUUUUUUCCAAAUCCGUUUGCUCAAUCUGAAUGGGCAGGAUAUCCACUUCGCGCGCAUUUCCGUCCAAACGAAAAACCAUCAUUCUUUCUCUGGGAAAAUUACUAAAUUUCCAGAAAUUCCUUUUCCGUUUUUCAUUGGAUUGGAUACAAACAUCCCAUUUGAGAAGAGCAUUUUGGGGAACCAAAACUGGACGCAUGUUCCUCAAAGGAAUUGCAUUACCGUGAUGCCCGACCUAUGGUACACCAGUACAGCAUUCUUCACAAGAAAUUGAUAUUUGGAUUAAGCGAACCUUCAUUCUCUAUGUUGUCAGUGUUACAAAAUGUUCAGUAACUACAAGGCUCAGUUUAUGGGCGGCAAGAAAGAGAAGUUUGUCAGGUUAGAUGAUUUGGACUCUAAUUUAUCAUUUAAAGCUGAUAUGCCUGGAAAAACAAGAAUUGGGUUUAGCUUAGAGGGACUGACUGGUGCCAAUCGUUCUUCCAACAAACCAUCAAAAUCAUUUAGGGUAGGGAUGAAAAGAGGAUCCGAGGGUAUUAUUACCUUGGGCAGAUCACUAAAAUCUGGAGUCAGCCGUGCUGUGUUCCCAGAAGAUCUUAAAGUUUCUGGGAGAAAAGUUUUUGAUCCUCAAGACAAGUCUCUCUUAUUCUGGAACAAACUUUUGGUUUGUUCCUGCACCCUUGCAGUAUCAAUAGAUCCUCUGUUUCUGUAUCUUCCAGUUUUCCGGAGUAAAGAGAUGUGCCUUCACAUAGAUAACAGUUUAGCUCACACAACUACAACUCUUCGGACAUUAGUAGAUGCAUUUUACCUUAUUCGCAUGGUUCUGCAGUUCCGGACAGCUUACAUUGCACCAUCAUCCCGAGUGUUUGGCCGUGGUGAACUUGUGAUAGAUCCUAAACAAAUUGCAAAAAGAUACACACAUCGUUAUUUUAUAGUAGAUCUUCUCUCUGUGCUACCUCUACCACAGAUUGUUGUGUGGAGAUUUCUUCAUAGGGCAAAAGGUUCAGAUGUCUUGGCAACAAAACAAGCAUUAGUAUUCAUUGUGUUUCUCCAAUAUAUCCCCAGGUUUUUGCGGUUUUUACCAUUGAUGUCAGAGUUGAAAAAAACAGCUGGAGUUUUUGCAGAAAGUGCUUGGGCUGGUGCCGUAUACUAUCUGCUGUGGUUUUUGCUUUCUAGCCAUAUUGUUGGGGCCUUUUGGUACCUAUUAGCUGUGGAACGCAGAGAUGCAUGCUGGGAGGAAGCCUGUCAAGACAGUGACAUGUGCAAAGCUAAUGCUAAUCUUCUCUAUUGUGCAAGUGAGAGACCAAGUAAUUCAAAUUGGGAAAACGUCACCCAGACAGUUCUCGGUUCUCGCUGUGCUAUUAAUGAUACAUAUUCAGCAUUCGAUUAUGGGAUUUAUGCAAAUGCUUUAACAUCUGGAGUUGUUGAAUCCGAAUAUUUUAUCUCUAAAUACUUUUACUGUUUAUGGUGGGGCCUCCAGAAUUUGAGUACACUUGGUCAGGGGCUUGAAACCAGUACUUAUCCUGGAGAGGUUAUAUUCUCCAUAGCGAUUGCAAUUUUUGGUCUCAUUUUGUUUGCUCUUCUCAUCGGUAACAUGCAGACUUAUCUUCAAUCUAUGACUGUUCGGCUUGAGGAGAUGAGAAUUAAAAGACGUGACUCUGAGCAGUGGAUGCAUCAUAGAGUGCUUCCCCCUGAACUAAGAGAAAGAGUUCGGCGCUAUGAUCAGUACAAAUGGAUGGAAACAAGAGGAGUAGAUGAAGAGAGCUUGGUCCAGAGUCUGCCAAAAGAUCUCAGGAGGGAUAUCAAGCGGCAUCUCUGUUUGAAUUUGGUCAGAAGAGUUCCUUUAUUUGCCAAUAUGGAUGAGAGGUUGCUUGAUGCAAUCUGUGAGAGACUUAAACCAAGUUUAUGCACAGAAAAUACAUACAUUGUCCGAGAAGGGGAUCCAGUAGACGAGAUGUUGUUUAUAAUCCGUGGUCGCCUGGAGAGCGUAACAACAGAUGGUGGGAGAAGUGGAUUUUUCAAUCGAGGUCUUUUGAAACAAGGUGACUUUUGUGGGGAGGAGCUCCUCACUUGGGCAUUGGAUCCUAAAGCUGGUUCCAACUUACCACCAUCUACUCGUACUGUCAAGGCUUUAACAGAAGUGGAGGCGUUUGCCUUGAUAGCAGAUGAAGUGAAAUACAUUACCAGUCAGUUCAGGCGCAUUCAUAGUCGACAAGUGCAGCAUACCUUCCGUUUUUACUCACAGCAGUGGAGAACUUGGGCCGCCACCUUCAUCCAGGCUGCAUGGAGGCGCUAUUCAAGGAGGAAGCACAUGGAAAUUCGUCGCCUUGAAGAUGAAGCCGCAGAAGAUGAAGAAUAUGAAUCCAACUCAGUCCCAUCAUCCAGCUUUGGAGCUGCGAUGUACGCCUCAAGAUUUGCCGCCAACGCUUUGCGUGGUGUUCACAGGAUUCGUAGCUCCAGGUUGAUAAAGCCGCAAAAGCCCCCCGAACCUGACUUUGAAGCUGGUUUAUAACUGCUGGAUGAAGCUGCGCCAAGCUCUCCUGAUUCCAACACUGAUGUUGUGGAUUGAGAAGUUGAUUAAACUGUAGAUUAACUUGUCAGGUGAAAUAGAAAUCCGGAUCUGCUGUACUAAGUGAAAUUUCUUCUGUAUCCAAGCAGCAUCUCUAGCAGUAAUCUGUGCUGUAGACCAAAUGUCCUCUUAGUAGUUGAAAAGCAUUUAUGUUAAUCCGCUUCAAAUGAGGAUAGUUUUCAA